CGAUGGCGGCCACCAGGUACCGGCGGUUCCUGAAGCUCUGCGAGGAAUGGCCGGUGGAGGAGACCAAGCGGCACCGGGACCUGGGCGUCUUCUUGCGGCAGCGGGUGGCCCAGGCCUUCCGUGAGGGCGAGAACACGCAGAUUGCUGACCCCGAGACCUGUGACCGCAUGUACGAGAGCCUGGUCAGGAUCCACACAAACUACUACAAGAACAAGUACCCACGGCUGAAGGACACCAGCUUCACUGGGCUGACAGUGGAGGACUGCAAGAUGAUACUGGCCACAGAUAUCCUGAAACAGAUGGAAGAUAUGAAAAAAGGGACAUGGAGGAAGCUGAGAGAAAAGUUUUCUGCCAAGAAACCUGAAGAGGACUCAAAGUGACAGGCAGCCCCCAGCCCCUCCCCUGUACAUAUGUGUAAGGCACUCUGGGUGCCCAUGAGGAAUAAACUUCUUCAUUGC